UACAAAUAGAUUUCAUCCUGCCAUGAACACCACCACCAACUGUUUAACAGUCGUUGCUACAAGAGGAAGAGAAAGAGGAAGAGAGGAAGAGCAAGAGAGGAAGAAGAAGAGCCAACGUCGAUGUUGAAACCAUUUUAAUUUGCUAUUUUGAUUUCAUGCUUCAACUUCCGACAACGAAUUGAUCUAUAAGGGCAAUCAAGAGAGAAGAGGGAGGGAUAUUGUUGCCGUGGCCAUGGAUGCGGACGCCGCACCUUCCACCCCCGGCAAGUGGAAGAUGGAGAAGCCCCACCACCACUACCGCCAUCGCCUCUUCCUCCUUCACCGCUUGCAAAAUCUGCCAAAAUUGGCUUUUUGGACUUUCUUCGCCUUCGCCCUCUUCCUCGCCGUCUUCCUGCUCUCGCCUUCCCCCCGCUCCCACUUUUCCUCCGGGAGCGUCCGACGCUCCCUCGGCGUGAGCGCCGCCCCCUGGGGCGGCCCCGCCUGGGAGAAGCGCGUUCGGUCCUCAGCCAGCGCGCGCGGCGUCUCCUCCGGGAAGUCCGUCCUCGUCACCGGAGCCGCCGGGUUCGUCGGGAUGCACGUGGCCGCCGCCCUCAAGCGCCGCGGCGACGGCGUCCUCGGCCUCGACAACUUCAACGCCUACUACGAUCCCGCCCUGAAGCGGGCGCGCCGGGCGCUGCUCGACCGCGCGGGCGUCUUCGUCGUCGAGGGCGACAUCAACGACGCCGCGCUGCUCCGCAAGCUCUUCGACGUCGUGCCGUUUACCCACGUCGUGCAUCUCGCGGCCCAGGCCGGCGUCCGCCACGCCCUCGCCGACCCCGGCUCGUACAUCCACUCCAACGUCGCGGGGCUCGUCGCGGUGCUGGAGGCCGCCAAGGCGGCGGACCCCCAGCCGGCCGUCGUCUGGGCCUCCUCCUCCUCCGUCUACGGGCUCAACUCCAAGGUCCCCUUCUCGGAGGCCGACCGCACCGACCGACCGGCGUCGCUCUACGCCGCCACAAAGAAAGCCGGGGAGGAGAUCGCCCACGUCUACAACCAUAUCUACGGCCUCUCUAUCACCGGCCUCCGCUUCUUCACAGUCUACGGCCCCUGGGGGCGUCCGGACAUGGCGUACUUCUUCUUCACCCGCGACAUCCUCCGCGGGAAGCCGGUGUCCAUCUUCGAAUGCCCUGACCACGCCACGGUCGCUCGCGACUUCACCUACAUCGACGACAUCGUCAGAGGCUGCGUGGCCGCCGUCGACCACGCCGGGAAGAGUACCGGAAGUGGCGGAAAGAAGCAUGGUUCAGCGCCAUUCCGAAUCUAUAACCUCGGCAACACCUCCCCUGUUUCCGUCUCCGAUUUAGUCUCCAUCCUGGAGCAGCUUCUCAAGGUUAAAGCUGUCAAAAAGUUGGUGAAAAUGCCCAGGAAUGGGGACGUGCAAUUCACCCACGCCAACAUCACGCUCGCGCAGAAGGAGCUUCGUUACCGCCCGACCACUGGCCUCCAAUCCGGCCUCAAAAAAUUUGUUCGUUGGUACCUCGAUUACUACUCUUCUUCCUUGAGUAAGCAUGGAAGCAAAGGAAGAACAACAAAUUGAUUAAUUGCCUUGUGAUUGAGGUGACCUUGGUUCUUCUUCUUCUUCUAUUUUAUCCUGUCGUUCAAAUUUCUCUCCUUGGAAUUGGUUCUAUUAGUCAUUUUGAUACAUGUAACGAGGAAUCCGAGUGCCGCGGUUGGAGAGUGAGUAGGUUCCUAUUGCAUUAUUAUUAUUAUCCCUACGCACAAUCUGUUCUAGCAAACAGCACUUUUAAUAAUUCUCUUCUCGCAUCAUUUAGUUUGGGUUGUUCAUCUGUGCCUGAGAUGUGACGAAUGACAUGGUAAAACAUGGGAGAAUGAAUUACUUUACCUUUC